AGCCGAUCCACAUUCAGCUCGAAGUUAACAUUGUGUUGAAAUGUCUGGAAGGGGAAAGUCUGGUGGGAAAGCUAGAGCCAAGGCUAAGAGCCGCUCGUCCCGCGCUGGUCUCCAGUUCCCUGUGGGUCGUGUUCACAGGCUGUUGAGGAAGGGUAACUAUGCUCAGCGUGUCGGAGCAGGAGCGCCGGUGUAUUUGGCUGCUGUACUGGAGUAUCUGACCGCUGAGAUCCUGGAGCUGGCUGGGAACGCCGCCCGCGACAACAAGAAGACCAGGAUCAUCCCCCGUCACCUGCAGCUGGCCGUCCGCAACGACGAGGAGCUCAACAAGCUGCUGGGCGGAGUGACCAUCGCUCAGGGCGGCGUGCUGCCCAACAUCCAGGCCGUCCUGCUGCCCAAGAAGACCGACAAAGCUGUGAAAGGCAGCAAAUAAUCCAAUACGAACUCGUUCACCAACGGCUCUUUUAAGAGCCACCCACCACUAAAUAAAGAACAAAUUCCAGCAAAAAAA